AUACCUACAAGAGUGACCGAAAUACUAAAAUAAAAAAAAAGACAAGUUGACAUCUAGACAAAGUGGCAAUUUAAUCUGAAGCUAAAAACCCUAGAGAUAAACACAGUCUCCCCGUCACGCCACAAUCGCUCUUGCACGCUCCCUUCUCCCUCGCCUCCGCCUUCUUUCCAACCGUAUCAGGUACUCGUCGUUCACAAUGGCGGGGACCGACGACAAAAAACAACAACAAUCCGCCGAGAAAAAGAAAGCCACCGGCGAAAAAAAGCAAUCCGCCGCAAAACACCAACCCGCCGCAAAACAACAGCCUGGUGGAAAGAAGAAGGAAGUGAAGAAAGAGACUGGAUUAGGUCUUACCAAUCGGAAGGCUGAGAAUUUCCGAGAGUGGUAUUCUGAGGUUGUUGUUAAUGGAGAAAUGAUUGAGUACUAUGAUAUUUCUGGUUGCUAUAUUCUUAGACCUUGGUCAAUGGCAAUCUGGGAGAUUUUGCAAGUAUGUUUCUUAAUUGCAGUAUGCGGUUAUUCCAUAUAGUGUGUGUUUUUUUAUACUGAAGUUUUUUGUGUUGUUGAUGUAUACUAAGCUUCUCAGAUAUGGAUAUAGAAGUUAUAUAGUUCUUUCUGUUAAGCGUUAUGUAGCUCUUAGUUGUUUUUUUAAUUUUAAAAAGAAAUGUAUGU